GAGUGUGGGAAAAGAAACGAUGGAGGGAGAUCCCGCGAGCGCGCCCAGGGUAAAGGAGCUCCUCCACGAUCUGGUGAGCAUCUGCCGCUCCUCUUCCGAUGCUGCGUCGGUGCCGCUGCUCACGGAUCACGUAAUCUCGGAUUCCGGCGAGCUCUUGCCGUCUCUCCAGAAGCUCUCGGGGCAGAUUGUGCCGAUGAUCCAGCUCUAUCAGGAGAAGAGGCAGCUCCUUGCAGCCUCUCCAUUUCCUCAAAAACUUAUAGAGAAAAUCGAGCAACUCAAGGACGGCGGGGCUCAUGGACUUGAUCGUUACCUCUGGCUGGUGAGCCAAAUUCUGGCCGACCCCGACUUGAAGAAACUGGUAUCGUUGGAUCGUGCUACUGGGGAAAGACACAGGCCUUCUCUUGGAGACUUUGAGUCGCCAGCACCGACUCUACCAAGUGUGGAACAACGUAUAACACGCAGCGGCAGAGAAAACCGGGAUGCCUCAGUUACUGCAAAUGGAGUUGCGAAGAGUCUUAAGAAUCUUUCCAUUCCUGAAUCAACACAAAAUCAGCCAACAAAGCCAUUGAAACAUGUGAAAAAAGCAAAGCCUCUGAUCGAGGGAGUGUCGUUCCCCGCGACUCCACGCUGGAACAUAGACAGGCCAUAUCUGACUGGUCAGUUUGUUUACGAGGAGGAAGUUGUAGAGUAUUCCAAAAGCCUGAUCAAAGGUAUCAUCACGGAACGAGAUGCUUUAAGCAACGAUGGUGACCGGGCUAUAGGCCUAUUUGCACCUUCUGUGCAGGAGCUACUUGUGAUUGAUGAUCUGCUCUUUGCAAUGGUUGGCAUCGAGGGAAAGAGUAUUCGCAUUACAAGAGAAAAAUCAAGAGACAAGGCUCUAACGUUUCAAGUUGAUCCCUCAAUGGACUUGUCAAUACAGGAGCUGACAAAGAGAGUUUUACCUCUCUGUGAGAACUACAUGGUAGUCAGCCAAUUCAACGAAUCAAGGCUGCAAUUUAAAUACGGGCUGGUGAAUCACGCGUUUGCUGCAGCUUUGAGAGCAAUCUUGCAGGACUAUCACGCCAUGGUAGCACAAUUGGAGCACCAGUUUAGACUCGCCAGACUUUCGCUUCAAGGUUUAUGGUUCUUUUGCCAGCCUAUGAUGGGCGCAAUGCAAGCUUUGGCCGUCGUUGUUAGAAAGGCAUUUUUUAAGAGCCUUUCAGGAGCUGCCGUAUUAAAUCUGCUUCAAGGCCAGGCAGCCGCGAUUGCUGGAGAUAAUGCUGCCAGAACAUUGCUGCAGAAACUCACUCAAGCUGCAAGUGCCCCGUAUUUUGGAAUAUUGGAGAGGUGGAUACACGAGGGAGUCAUUGACGAUCCUUAUGGAGAAUUUUUUAUCGACGAGAACAAGGCGCUGCAGAAGGAAAGCCUUAGCCACGACUUCAAUGCCACGUACUGGCAACAGCGAUACAGCUUGAAAAAUGACGUUCCUGGUUUUCUUGCGUCCGCGGCUGAAAAUAUAUUGACGACGGGCAAGUACCUUGAUGCGAUUCGGGAAUGCGGUCAAAAUGUUCGGAUACCUUUCUCUGAGGAUGCUAAACUCACGAACUCUGGAUCGAAGCGGCAUUACCUAGAUAAAAUAAACGUUGCAUACAAUUUCGCGAGUGCUGAGCUCUUGAGUUUGAUUGUGCGAAAGUUUGAUCUCAUGGGAAGGCUGCGGUCAGUGAAGCAUUACUUUCUUUUGGAUCAGGGUGAUUUCCUUGUCCACUUUAUGGAUAUUGCAAAAGAGGAGCUUGCAAAACGACCUGUUGCGCUGUCGUUGGAAAAACUGCAGUCACUUUUGGAGCUUGCACUGAGAACCUCCGUUGCUGCGAGCGAUCCGUACCAUGAGGAUCUUACGUGCAGUCUGGAAAGAUCGUCGUUGAUGGUGCAGUUACAAAGUUUUAUGAAGAACGGAAUUUUGAAGAUCGAUUCUCCUUUAGAAUCCAACUCAGAGCCUGGCAGCAUGACUGGUUUGGAGACCUUCACUCUUGACUAUAAGACGCGGUGGCCCUUAUCCCUCGUGAUUUCAAGGAAGGCUCUCACAAAGUACCAGCUAAUUUUUCGUCAUCUCUUUCAUUGUAAACAUGUAGAAAGGCAACUCUCUGGCACCUGGCAAGCCCAUCAGGCGACUCGUGGCCUUGACUUUGUUGGACAUUCAAUAUCAAGAUCGUACGUACUUUGCCAACAAAUGCUGCAUUUUAUGCAGAGCUUCGAACAUUAUAUGACAUUCGAGGUGCUAGAGCCCAACUGGCAUAUCAUGGACACUAAACUCCAGAGUGCUAAGAGUAUUGACGAGGUCAUUCAACUACACGACUUUUUUCUGGACAAGUGUUUGAAAGAGUGCAUUUUGUUAUGGCCUCACAUAUUGAAGAGCGUGGAAAAGCUGAAAUCCCUCUGCCUGCAGUAUGCAACAGCAAUACAAUGGCUGAUCCCAUCACUCUACACGCUCGAAUCUCCAGCAGAGAUAAAAAAGACAAAGCGUUGUCGAGGGCAGCGCUUGCGAAUGGUGAAAGACGGCGAGGAUGCGAACUUCAAGAACACAAUCGGGCAAAUGGAAAACGAUUUUCGGAAAGAAAUGAAAGAGCUGCUAAGUCUUCUAAGUAGCAGCUCACAAACCGAGCCAUACUUGGCACACUUGGCUCAAGGCCUCCAGGGACAGCACUAGAAGGUCGUGAGUUCGACACCCAUGACGAAAAACUGGAUUUCUCCUUGGGCUGCGACGAUCCAAGACCUAGCGAGGAAGGCUAUGGAGUCCGAGGUAGCUGGCAACACCCCCAUCAC